CAUCCACACACGCGUACGCAGCGAGAGAGAGAGAGGGAGGGUCGCACUGUACAGCGAGUGAAUGCCACACACACACGUCUUCUGUCCGCUGCGCAUUAUCUACUACGUGCCACCCUGCCACCCACCCUGCCAUCCAUAUCAGGUGAAUCCGACGUCGCCCUCCCUCCUCCUUCCCGACGUCAUCCACACCAGCAGCAUCUCCUCUACACGCGACUGCCUCGACGUGUAUGUGUCCCAAAAGGUCAGGGCCGCAAACAGCAGGAACAGGACGCCGGCGAUGAAGGACAUGGUCCGCUGCGACAGCGCCUUCUGCACCAAAGCCCCCAUGACCACGGCCAGCACGGUGGCCAGGGCGUGUCCGAUGACCGCCCCGACUGCGACGCCCCCCGCGUUGUAGGUGGCGGCGAGGGCCACGGUGGAUAUCAUGGACUUGUCCCCCCACUCUGCCAGGAAUAUCACGCCAAACGCCAUGCAGAACAGGGCGUACAGCCGCAUCGCAGCAGCAGAGGCGGAGGUCUUCUAACACAAACACACACACACAGACGCACACGGAGAGAGGGGAGUCAUCUUCGUCCAUCCAGAUCCAUCCAUCCAUCCGAUUAUCCAUCCAUCUGUCUGUCUGUCUGUCUGUUCUCUCACAUGAGUGGUGGGCGUGUGGAGGAGUUCGAUGGUCUCCUCGGCUUCCUUGAGCGACUCUUGCUGGUGCUCAGGCCUGCGCACCGCCACAUACAGCUCCUGCAGCCCGAAGACGACGAACAGCAGGGCCGAGAGGUACCCCACCCACACGGACGCCACGUGGAACAGCUGCGGGAUGGUGCGGACGGCCGCCCCCAUCACCACUGAUAUCACCGUCAUGACCACCAACGCAGCCAUGGUGCCGCAAAACACCAUCAACUGCGACAUCUCCCGGGCCAGCAGCCUGCAGGACAUCGCCCCACACGCACACAGAAUGCAUCUUCUUCCAGUAUGUGUAUCGAGCCGCCGCCACGAGAUGGUGCACACUGUAUAGCGGCGUUCCUUCCUUGCUUGUCUUACAUGGCAAUGAAGAAUGUCUUAUCGCCAAUCUCGGAGGAUACGGUCAUAGAGAGCGAUACGAUGGUGGAGGCCGUGAAGUCGGCGAACGACAGCAUCGUCGACAUGGACGCAGCCAGCUACACCCUCCGCCGUUUGCACAACUCUGUCUGCUACCUCGCCUGGUGGUUG